UAACCGAAGACUCGAGCUCAUUGAUGACGCAACGCUCACGUGACCGGGAGUCGACGUGUGCAGAAGUCCUUAUAGUCCAGGGCCUGUUUCCCUGUAGCAGCUCCCUAUUGCUGGAGGAGAAAAGUGCCCCGGAUCCUUUGAGGACUCUUGGUCUUUUGGGAGCGACCCAAAUCGAGUGAGGGAAGAGGGAGGAAAAUCCCCUGGAUCCCUGCAGGGUUAAUUUAUUCAGAAAGGAAAUAAGAGAAAAAUACUCAACAUGCAAAAGUCUUGUGAAGAAAAUGAAGGAAAAGCACAGAACAUGCCAAAGGCUGAGGAAGACCGCCCUAUGGAAGCUGUACCACAGGAGGCAGAAAGAAAUCCUCAACCGUCUGAAGAAGGUGAAAGCCAGGAAGCAGAAGGAAACCUUAGAGGAGGGCUGACUCAGCCUGGUCAGGGAUAUAAAGAGGACACUCCGGUUAGGCAUUUGGACCCAGAAGAAAUGAUAAGAGGAGUAGAUGAGUUGGAAAGGCUUAGGGAAGAGAUAAGAAGAGUAAGAAAUAAGUUUGUGAUGAUGCAUUGGAAACAAAGACAUUCACGCAGCCGUCCUUAUCCUGUGUGCUUUAGGCCUUGAAUUCUUUUUUUUUUGGUCUGAUGUUAAAAUCUGGCCCCUGCUUUCUUUCUGUUAGCAUUUUCUGAUGUAUCUUUGACUAUUGUUUUAUUUUUAAUCAUGUGGUGGAGUUUUGUUGUACGUAGUGUCCUUAUUACCAGCAUCUGGAUUUUGUAUUUUGACACAUUCUCCAGGUCUGUUUUUCAAUUGGGAAGUUUCACACAUAUGCAUGAAAAUAUGUUCAUUCCAUAUUGUAAAGUAAAACAUAACAGGUUACAGCAUAUUUAGUAUCAGCUCACAUAUGUAGGAGAAAAUCUCAAAUUGUGUGUGUGUGUGUGUGUGUGUGUGUGCGUGUGUAUACAUACAUAUAUCAAAAAUUUAACUGCUUAUUUCUGUGUGGUGUGAGUUUUUUUCUUUUUGCUUAUAUGUAUUUUUUAAUGAACACGUCACACAUACAAAAAGAAUUAAAGUUUUUUUUUUAUAAUUAAGAGUCAAUCAAAUAAUUUGCAACCAGCUUAUAAGGGCAAUGGGGGGACCUAAAUUCUUGAUGAAAGAACUAUUAAAAAAAAUGUAAACCUCAAAUUACUUCUGGAUCUCUUAGCCAGAGGAAUAAAACUGGCAGUUAUUACAGA